UUUUUUAAAAGCAAACAUUUCUCUGAACUGCACAUAUUUCGUCAGAGAUGUGAAAAGGGUCUUUGAAAGCCGAACAAUUUUUAGCUUUUGUCUUUCUGUUUUCUAUCGCCUGGAACAUUCACGAAUAGUAUAUUUACGUAUGUAUGUAUUUUCAUCAUCGGCUUUCAAUAAACCAUAUCCAGAUACUUGUAACUAAUGCAACCAAAUAAAUAAAGUGAUAGCCUUGAUUAAAGAUCCUGCCAGAAUAUCUCAGAAGAAAAAGAACGAAAAUCAAAUCGAAAAAAAUUAUGGAUGCCACUAGGCAAAUUAGAAUAGGUAAGGAGACAGCGAGAAUAGAGCAGUUGGCACGUAGAAAUUUUCAGAAAAAAUGGGCUAAACUUGCCGACGAAAAACUAAACAGGGUCUACAAUCAAAACGAAGUUAAUCAGCAGUUGAAAGAUACACUCAGGAAACAAGAACUAUGCCCCUUCAAAUACACCGGUCAAGGUGACUCAUUUUUCCUUUCACCAAAUAUGUAUAAGUCAAUGUUAGCUACGUGUCGUUGUGGACGACAACGCAGUGAAACGCAUAUUUUGAAAUGCCUACAAAAGACAGAAAAUAAGUUUAGCAAAAACUCAUCAACAACUGGCGAGAUCAACAAUGCUUCCAUGCAAGGGCAGAGUGCAAAAACUGAGGGCGAACGCGCGACUGGUGUAUCAUUUCCGAAAACUGCUAAUUCUUUAAUUGGUUGGCAAAAACAUCCACCCAGCUACAAGGAAUGGGAGAAUUCAAUGAAGCACAUCUCACCAAUCGCCACUAUGCCUCAACCACGUCUGACGGAAACGGCAUAUCAUGUUCUACAUAUUGCCUGAGUCAAUAAAGAAAACAUUACUCGCAAUAUCCACAAUUAAUAUAAUGUUAACAAAAUGUGCAUUAACUCCACAAUUAAGCCGUCCGCUAUUUUAACAAAGCAUACAUUUGGGUACUUACGUAGUUAAUGGCAUAAAACUGCUUAAAAAAAU